AUGUUCCGCUUGAUCGGAAUCACACUCCUUUUGGGGCGCCUCGGCCUCGCCCAGCACCUGCUGGACGAGUCCGUCUUCACCGUGAACGGCAAGAAGGCCCUACACACCGUCAGCGAUAAAUUUCUGAGCCUCUCGAUCGAUCCUGCCGUCCUCCUGACCGGUCUGAACUUGAGCGAUACGACCCUCCAAAUGGCCAAGCGCCUCAGCCCGGCCUACAUCAGGAUCGCCGGGCCCUCCACACAGUACGUAAAAUACCAGGAGGAGAGCUCGAACGAGGCCGAAAACGGCAAUGUGGCUGUCACGCCGACGAUGUGGUUCGGGAUAAAUGAGUGGCUGGCGUCGGCCAAUCUCACCCCAGUUUUCGGAAUUAAUGAUCGGGAGACCACGAGGGAUGGAUGGAAUCCGCAGGAUGCGAUGCCGUUGUUGGAUAUUUCGGAUAAGUUUAAUGUGAGCUGCUAUUGGCAGCUGGGGUAUGACUGCGCGAAUAAAAGCGAGGCGGAGUAUGAAAGCGACCUGAAGCGGCUGCAGCAUGUCCUGGACGCUUUUCCCGACAAGAAGCGCUGGAAGAUCGUCGGGAGCGAUUUGAGGCGAUGCGUCACUGACACCAGACGAAUUUUGGACAAUUUGGACAAUGUUUUAGCUGCGGCGAUCCUCGAACCAACGACCAAAAGUGACACAAUCUACGUGCAACAAUUGAACGAGUGGCAUAUUUUACCCAAAGUGCCGCUUUGGACGGUCUCCCCCAAGUCCACUCAUUCGGUUUCCUUCGACUCGGCCAUUUCAUGGGCCAAACAACUGGGAGAGGCGGCUAAAAUCGGCUACCACGUUAUUCUGCGACAGCCACGUCUCCACGAAAUUUAUUCGGAAACGCCCCCGUUUUGGGUCUCCGCAAUUCAUAAAAAUCUGAUGGGGAGGACCGUUUUGGACGUGAAACCCACCAUUGGGCACGCGGGGUUGUCGGUUUACGCCCAUUGUACCAGACACCAAAACGAUUUCAUCCGCAGUGGCGCUAUGACCGUUCUUGUUGAUCACUUUGUUUUACCGGGUGCCCAAAUUCCGGUGUGUGCGAGUGAAGAAAACGAUUUGAAACAACUGAUUGAGGAGAUAAGUGAGGACCAGAAUAUACCGUUCUCGGCGGAAGUUUCAGUUGAUGUAACUCCAAGACUUGCCGAACGUAAAACACCAACUUUGCACGAAUUGCAGGAAGUUAUGAUGAAAGAACUGGAGUCGGACGAACGCUUCUACAAGCAAAUUAAAACGAAGAAGAGUGGACACGAAAGUGAUGCUAGGAAAUUUUUUAUCGAACAAACGAAACACAGACAUUUCGACGACUACAAAAGGCCCAAACAUAAGGACGAGGAAACGAAGAAAAUUUUUGAACUGGAGUUGACAAGCGCUGAAAUUCGCAAAGUUCUAGCCGACCGUGCCAAAGCUAAAGCCGCAAAGAAGCACAUCAUUUUCACGAGUGACGAGUUGGAGGAGAUUAUGGACAAAGCGACCGAGAAAAUUUUGAAUAGUAAAAAUGCCGCGAUUCGGAUUCGGAAAAAAUCGAAGAGAGAGGCGCCACGUGAUAAAAAAGACAUUAACAUGAGAUUGUUGAAAUUGAAGACUUUGGGUGAUAGUAGAAGGAAAUUGCUGCGCGAAACGCUCAACAAACGAAAGGCUAAAGCGGAGCAAAACCGUGAGAAACGGGACAUUAACAUGGAUUUGCUCAAGCUGAAGACCGAAAUGCUGCACCCGAACCCGAACAAGCCCAGGAAAUUGAAGAAAAAGGUGUUUGAGAACAAGGAAGAGAAACAGGCGACGAUUCGCGAGCCGGGACAGACCUCGGACGAGUUCGUCCAGUUUGAGGAGGAAAAGGAGGAGAGUCCGUUGCCCGACGGUGACGUUUUCGCCGAACUAGCGGACCCCGAUGAGGCUUUUUUUACCACAGAGAAACCACCGAAAUUCGGACUGAAAACCAUCUUUAAUAAACCCAAGCCGAAGAUUGACGUGCAGCCGAUUAAGUUCGAACCGUCUGAUUUGGUCGCUGAGGACGACUUUGAGGUGAAUUCGGACUUCGAUGACAACAACGAAUAUUACGACUGCAUCCACGAGUUUUUCGGGAAAAGCGUUCCGAAGGAUAAACAAGCGAAAAACUCGUCCGAAUUGUGGGAGGUCGGCUUGAUUGAAGAGAAAACGGACAACCACUUGCCCACUUUGCAUAAUCGCGGGUUUGCUGUUGAUGAAGCCGAAGUCGAAAAACACGAGGAAUUUGUCGAAAAUGAUUACGAGGACCUGGACAGUGACGAAAGUAGUCCGUUGCGCAAAAAACGAAGCAUUGAUGAAUUAAGUGCUGACACGAAGCUUUUUUACAUUUUAGGUCAGGGUUACGAUCCUGCGAAGGUGAAGAUUGACGAUAAUUUGAAGGAGCAACAGUUUAAGUUUUUGAAGGACCAUUUGGCUAAUCACAAGAAGCUUGAACUGGUGCAUCAGCUCAAUGUUCGAUCGCUUGAGAACAAGAAUUUCCUAGCCGAUCGGUACAAGUCCUUGGCUGAGGGCUUGAAAGUGUGGAAACCUGCGGAUAUUUUGACGCUGAAAAGCCCGAAUGCGAAGAGGUCGAGGCGGAGUCUUGAUCACGAUGCGGAUUCGGUCGAGAACGAAAUUGGGAGUUUCAUGAACGAGAUUAUUAAGAAUACGGAGAUGAUUCAGCCGAAACUCGAUCGGGAGAACGGCGACUAUCAGUUGGUUUUUCCAAACAAGGAUAAGAUCGAAGUCGUUGAGAAAAACGGCGAUGCGGAAUUGAAAUUGGUGCUUCAUGGAGGCGAGCCGACUUGUCCAACGACCGAGAAAGUGGAGAACACUCGUACAAACAUUCAGAAGAUCACGAAAAAAGUGCCGGCCAACGUGUGGGACAAACUUUUCCGAAAAUUGUCGAAAUUUUUCCAGGGUUUGAGCUCGAAAUUGCGGAGGUACAUCAUGGAUGAUUUGUUGAAAUAGUGGCGCUGCUUUUACUUGUGUAUUUUUUGAAUAAAAUUGUUUUGUACGUG